CUAAUGAAGUGCAAAGUCAGCAACCAAAUCCAAUGGCCACUGAUUCUCCUGCAGGAGAUUCUGGUUCUUUGUCAGUAGCUAGUAAUGACAAUAAGGUGUCUCGUGAAGACAUUGAACUUGUCCAGAAUUUGAUAGAGCGCUGUCUACAGAUGUACAUGAACAAAGGAGAAGUUGUUAGGACUCUUUCUACUCGUGCAAGAAUAGAACCUGGCUUCACUACUCUAGUAUGGCAGAAACUCGAAGAAGAGAACUCUGAGUUCUUUAGGGCUUACUAUACAAGGUUGAAAUUGAAAAGGCAGAUCAUCUUGUUCAAUCAUUUAUUGCAACACCAAUACAAUUUAAUGAAAUAUUCAUCACCUCCAAAUGUUCCAUUGGCUCCAAUACAAAAUGGGACUCACCACGUGCCAGUUAGCAAUUUACCAAUGGGGUAUCCAGUACUGCAACAGCCUAUUAUGCCUGCUCCAGGCCAACCUCACAUGGAUCCAAUGGCCUGUGGUCUCUCCAGUGAUCAUGUAGUGAAUGGAAUCCCUGCACCAGGUGGUUAUCAUCCAAUUCGCAUGGACUCCGGAAAUGACAUGGUUGUGGACAAUGGUGUGCCUGAAACACCGCAUGCUGGUGCUACCGGCAGUGCUAUGUCAUCUGAGAUGGCUGUGAGUCCCUCAUCAGUGGCGUCAAGCAACCAUGCUCCUUUUACGCCAUCGGAGAUACCAGGGAUGAGCAUGGAUGUAUCAACCCUAGAUUCGACGUUUGGAUCUGAUGUAGGGAAUCCUGGACUGCUGCAAUUAGGACCUGAUGGCUCGUCAAGAGACUCCAUCAGAUCCUUCGGGCAGCUCUGGAAUUUCAGCCUUUCUGAUCUAACAACAGAUUUGACGAGCUUGGGAGAUUUGGAAGCACUUGAGAACUACGCUGGUACCCCUUUCCUGCCUUCGGACUCUGACAUAUUACUUGAUUCCCCAGAUCAGGAUGACAUAGUUGAGUAUUUUACCGAUGCCAUCAACGGAUCUCAAUCAGAUGAAGAGAAACCAUAGUGAAACUAGUUCAAUAGCCCUGUUCAGGUUCAGAAAGGACUGCCAUCUCUCAUGUAGUAGUGUAAAUUUGCUGGGGUGCCGCGGCAAAUCUGUGUGUAACACCCCCCCCCCACCCCACCCACCCCACCCCCACCCCAUCCCAGGUGGGGUAAUUCUGUAAUUAGCCUUUGCCACUAGAGAACUUUGUAGUGAUCAAAAUCCUAAUUCUUUGGAAUAUAAACAGUUGGUUACUUGGUUAGUGUAGCCUUGGCCCUUGGCCAAUUGGCCAGAUGAAAGUUGCUGACCGCGAAUGGUGGAUAAAAAGUUUACAGUUGGUGACUCAGACCUUACCCCAUGAAUUCCCUGUAUUUGCUACAGAAGUAAACAGUUGGUACGGGUAGGGAUGGAUAUGGAUGUAUGUAAAUCCGAAUUAUCCGUAUUCGUAUCCGCCUAAAACGUUAAUAUGGAUAUCCGUAUUUGUAUUCGAUUUUAAUAUGAAUGUCAAAUGGAUAUAUCCGAAUUUGAUUUCAA